AUGAUCGUCGGCAUAAUUGAGGAGCUCCUUGUUCUCGCAAAAUCCCAAGGCUGCGUUUUCCCCGAAGACUUCCCAGAGCAGACUAUGGAAGCCAUGAUCCAACCCACCGCCACACCCAGCACCAUGUACCAAGACUUCACUGCCCGCCGACCUCUGGAAAUCGAGACUUUCCUCGGCGCUCCUAUCAAGCUCGCGCAAGAUGCAGGUGUUUCAGUCCCUCGCAUAGAAACAUUAUAUGCUCUUCUUCACAACAUCAACACAUUGAACCAAUCCCGCCCACCCCCUGCAGCUGCAGUCUCAUCACCAAACCCUGCACAGACACCUCGUAUGGGCCCAGGUCCGAACAUGGGUCCUGGUCCCAACCAGCGUGGCCCAAUGAAUGGUCCUAUGCCUGGUCAUCCUGGUAGACCCGGGAUGAUGAGACCUGGGAGCAGAGCACCUUCAAUGACUGGUGGCCCACCUCCCCAGAUGCGCAGAGGUCCUUCGAUGAACAAUGGCUUCGGCCCGCCCAUCAGAAUGAAUGGAAAUGGCCAACGUGGUCCUUCCCAGCAGCCAACCCGCCGUCCUUCUCUCGAAGACAAUGAACUUGAGGAGUUCAGUCACCUGAUGCUUUACGACAACCUGCCAGAAGGCGCUCUGCCCGAAGGCGCGAUUCCGAACGGUGCCGGUCCCGGAGGUGAGAUGGGAAUGCGUGAGAGAGAAUUGGCUCUCCGCCAAAGAGAAUUGGCUUUGAGAGAGCAAGAGUUCAACAUGAGACGUCGUAUGCCUCCUCCUCCUGCUUCUCAUGCCGGGGGCUUCGAUGAUGACGACGAGGAUGGUGAAGAUUACUUUGACCCCAUGGCUGCAGGAAGAAAUGUCCCCAUGAUUGACCCCGACAACUUCGACAUGAUGAGCGUUACGUCGAGACGCACCCGCAAAGCACCCCCACCCUCUGCCAACCAACUCCGCAAUAACCCAGAGAUGGGCGGCCCACCGAUGAGANNGGGAGGCGGCAGAGGCAUGUUCGGAAGGCCUAAGGUGCAGAACCGAACCAGUGCCCGACUAAUGUCCGAGAUCCCUGGUCUGCACGAGAACCUCAUGGGCAACCCGUUGCUAGGAUACUCGUCAGACAGAUAUGGAGGCGUCGACCGUCACAACCUUGGACAGGAAUCGAGAACCAACUCACUCACUGCAGAACGCCUGAACGAGCUCUCACGAGGCGGUGCUCCUGGCCAAGGCCCUUAUCCUGGCCCAAUGCCUCCUCAGAUGGGCCGACGUGCCAGUAACUCCCCUGGACACCCUCUCGGACCCCCAAGAGGACCCCCCGGACAACGCCCUUACCCGCCAAAUGGACAGAAUGGAUACCCGGCCCACAUGAAUGGCCGACCAUCGCCUCCUGGUGUUAUGGGCUCGCCAAUGCAACGUCCACCAACCCAACAAGGUCAAGUGCCACAGCAUGUUGAACAGCAGAACGGGGUGAGCCAUCUCUAUCCGCCCAAAAGCGGCCCUCAAGAACGCAGUCUGACAGGUUCCGCGAGCGCUAGCGCGGGGAGUGGUGAUAGCAACCACUCGGUGCCCCUUGAUUCCGACCCUUCGGCCCACAGCAGCUCUAGCAGCUUAGGACCCCGUCCAGCCCACGGCUUCCGAUAG